AUGGCAGACAGCACUUCCAAGCCUAAGUCAAAGCUCUCAGCUUUCCUAGAAGCUGUAAAACACGACGACCCCGAGGUUCUGGAAACCUUCCUACAGGAAAACGUCGUGGAUAUUGAUCAUAAAUUCAAGUUUGGCCGUACGGCGUUGUGGUAUGCCGUUGCCCAUAGCAACGUGGACGGUCAGCCCUCUCUUCACACACGCCUCCUUCUAGAGUAUGGAGCGAAUCCUGAGAUAUCCGACGACCUCCAACGAACUCCGCUCCAUGUGUCAAUUGAGUCAUUCAACACCGAGGCAACCAGGGAGUUGCUUGCCUGCCCAAGGGUUCAAAUGGAGGCUAAGGACUCUUUGGGACGUACUGCGUUUUCAAGAGCCGCGGCAGAAGGUCACUGGCGGGCGAUAUGCAUGUUUUUGGAUAGGGGUGCCGACAUGAAAUCCCGGGAUAAUAAGGGCAAGAAACCAAAAGACUACAAAAUGGUUCAGGAUAUUCUACAGAGGCGUUUGGCACAGGUGCCGACUGAUCUAAUUCCAGGCUCGGAGGAGGCAGGGUGGCUCGAUAUGCAUGAGAAAUCUCAAAAAUUGGAAUUCCUGCUUGAAAGGAUGCGAGAGAGCAUUAAUUCUGACGAAAAGGAAGAGUAA